AUGUCGUAUGGUGGUUACGGUGCCGGCGGCGCGGACCGCCACGGUGGCGGCUACGGUGGCAGUGCCGCGCGCUAUGAUCCCUAUGGCGGCGCCUCCGGCGGUGGUGGCGGCUAUGGCAGCAGCUAUGGUGGUGGUGGCGGCAGCUAUGGUGGCGGUGGCUAUGGCGGGGGUGGCGGCUACGGCGGCGGGGGCGGCGGCUAUGGUGGCGGGGGCUAUGGCGGCGGCGGCGGCUUUGGCGGCCGCGGAGACCUGGACACGAUCCAGCUGUCGCGCCCAGACUUCUCCAACCUGCCGGUGUUUGAGAAGAACUUUUACUUUGAGCACCCAGCAGUGACGGCGCGCUCCGAGGGCGAGAUCGAGGCGUACCGCGUGAAGCGCAGCAUCCACGUCUACGGGGAGGGCGUGCCCAAGCCCGUCGAGACUUUUGAGGAGGCCUCCUUUCCGGAGUACGUCCUGACUGAGGUGCUGCGCGCCGGGUUCACCGAGCCCUCGCCCAUCCAGUCGCAGGGCUGGCCGAUGGCGCUGCUGGGCCGCGACCUGGUGGGCCUCGCGGAGACGGGCUCCGGCAAGACCCUCGCCUACCUGCUGCCCGCGGUGGUGCACAUCAACGCGCAGCCCCUGCUGGAGCGCGGCGACGGCCCCAUCGUGCUGAUCCUGGCGCCCACGCGCGAGCUGGCGGUGCAGAUCCAGGACGAGUGCCGCAAGUUUGGCUCCUCCAGCCGCAUCAAGUUCACCUGCGUCUACGGCGGCGCCCCCAAGGGCCCCCAGAUCCGCGACCUGCAGAACGGCGUGGAGGUUGUCAUUGCCACCCCGGGGCGCCUCAUCGACAUGCUGGAGUCGCGCCACACCAACCUGCGGCGCGUGACAUACCUGGUCCUGGAUGAGGCGGACCGCAUGCUGGACAUGGGCUUCGAGCCUCAGAUCCGCAAGAUCGUCAACCAGAUCCGGCCGGACCGCCAGACGCUGCUGUGGAGCGCCACCUGGCCCAGCGAGGUGCAGUCCAUCGCCAAGGACUUCCUGCAGAACCCUUACCAGGUGAUCAUCGGCAACCCCGAGCUCAAGGCCAACCACAACAUCACUCAGAUUGUAGAGGUCUUGGGGGAGCACGAAAAGUACCCUCGGUUGGUGGCGCUGCUCAAGCAGGUCAUGGCGACCAGCGGCGCGGGCUCCAAGGUUCUCAUCUUCUGCGAGACCAAGCGCGGCUGCGACGAGGUCACGCGCAGCCUCAGGGCGGAGGGCUGGCCUGCCCUGGCGCUGCACGGCGACAAGCAGCAGCGCGAGCGCGAUUGGGUUCUGGCCGAGUUCAAGAGCGGCAAGCACCCGCUGAUGCUGGCGACGGAUGUGGCCGCGCGCGGUCUCGACGUCAAGGACAUCAAGGUGGUGGUGAACUUUGAUAUGCCAAACAACGCAGAGGACUACGUCCACCGCAUCGGCCGCACGGGCCGCGCGGGCGCCACGGGCACCGCUUACAGCUUCUUCACCGCUGCCAACGGCCGCCUGGCGCGAGAAAUCAUAAAGAUCAUGAAUGAGGCCAACCAGGUGGUGCCCACUGAGCUGCAGAGCAUCGCCUCCACAGCUACUGGCGGGCCGCCAAGCUUCCGUGGCCGGGGUGGCGGCGGCCGCGGUGGCGGCGGCGGUGGCGGCGGCCGGCGGUGGUGA